UGUAUUCCUUUUGAAAGUAAUUCAAAAUAUGUCAGUCAUUUAUAUUCUCCCAUUUUGUCAUGCAAUAAAGCAAUAUAAAUUUUCCUGUUCUAUUUUACCGCCACAAUAUGAGCUCUCCCUGUGGCAAGUGUAACACAUGUCCGUGCUCUGGUCAGUCGAAUCAGGCUCCGCGACAGCAGCCAGUUCCUCAACAACAAGAACAAGAAAUCCAGCAGCAACAACCAGAAAUUUCUUGUCAACAACCGCAACAGCAACAAGCUGAGCGACAAUUAGAAAGGAGAUCCAGAGUUGAAUGCCAUUGCGUCAGUAGCAAAAGCAAUAGACGAAACACAGCCCCAGUGCAGGCACCGCUCGCUGAUUCAUACACAUGCUCUCGACCAAAACCUCAGCCUCAGGCAGCACCCACGCCGAUCGAGGAGCGGUGCACAUGCAAAGCAAAAGCUGCCCCGCCUCAGUGCGAGUGUAGCCCACCAGUAGUACCCCCACCUAUGACGUCACAGCAACGGCUCGCAGCUGAUCGCGAAAGGGCAGAGCAGGGGACGCAUGCGUACAUUACUUGCGGCCAACCGACUCCUUAUCGAACCCAGAACCAGCCACAGUACUCACAGUAUGGAAAUCAACAGUCGCGCGCUCCUUGUUCGCAUUGUCGAUCCCAGAAAAAAAAGAAGUGCAGCAUACAGUGAACGAACGUCAAUUCGUUUGGAAUGCUAUCAGAUUCGGACAGAUUAGUAGGCGACCCAGACCCAGAUGCUCAGUCGGCGAAUGAACAAAAAUUUUCUAAUAUUCUCACAAUUUACGCAUAAUACUUAUUUAGGAAAUUUAUAAAAUAAAAAAUUCUCAAAUGUGAUUGCUAAUGCGACCGGAGUCAUCCCAAUAUCAAGUGCAGUUCUUACGCUAGCUUUAUCCCUUUCGGUACAAGUAAGAGUUAAAAAGGCCCAUUAUGUCUGGCUCAAGAAUACAUGACACUAAGUCUAAUACUGGAGCAGGAUGCUGCUGCGCUCCAAGCCGAACUAAUAUCGAAACGAAUAUUCAACCUGGAGCAAAUUCCGUACUACCAUGCGGCGGUCCACAGGGUCAACACUGUGCUGUAAGAUAUGGGCCCCCAGCCGCAUCUGUAUACAAACGGCCCCGAAACCAAGCCCAGUGCCAUCAUUGCAGGCGAAAGACAAAAAAGCGGUGCUCCAUUCAGUAAACUCUGGCGCAAGCAAUUGUCGCAAUGCAAAAUUUACAAUAUUCAAGUAAUCAAAGCUGGCUUUACAGAAUCACCAAGCUUUCAGUUUUUCCAAAUCAUUUAGAAAAAUUUCAAAAUUCAAGUCGGCUGCAGAACAAAAAUAUCUCCAAAUGUAAAUUGCUAAGAAACAACAAAAAAAAGAAGCUGAACUCCACCUUGAAAGCUGAAGCUGGUGAAUUCUAGUUCAUUGUUAACUACACCCACCGAGACCCAAGAGUAAGAUGUCCCAGCCAAAUAUGUCUAGCGAGCCUUCAGAGCCUAAAGCGAAUUGCCAAUGUACUCCAUUGCAUCAACGACAAGAACAACGGGCUUCACCUUUGCAACCAGAGAUCAUACGAAUUCCUUGCACUAGCGGACCUCUUCCCGAGUUGCAACCCAAUCAGUAUUACGGUUGCCAAGACCGCAAACAGAAACGGAAGUGCAGCAUACAAUAGAUUAUAUCUUGAGCAAUGAUAUCUGAAUGGGAAUAGGCUUUAUACUCUAAAACAAUCAGCAUAGCAGGCGUUACAAAUGGAGAAACUAAAGAGGCUGCUUGUAAAAUAGUGACAUCCA